CGCCAGCUUUCCCCCAAAAUACACCGCAAGGCCACACAGACACACACACACCCCCCUCUACUGCUCCUGCGCCUCCGCCCCCCCUGCGCAGCUUCGCUUCCACUCCACCACCUCCUCACCACCACCCCCCUCACGCCGGCCGCCGUGCGCGCGCCCAAACCCACGCAAAACCCUAGCCCAGCCAACGCCCCGUCCCGCGCCGCCAUGCCGACCGCUCCCGCCUUCCCCUUCCUCCUCCUGCUGCUGAUGCUCGCCCUCGCGCCGCGCCCGGUGGCCCCCGCGGCCUCGGACCGCGCGGCGCUGCUGGCCUUCCGCGCGUCCCUGCCGCCACCGGGGAGAGCGGCGCUCGCGUCGUGGCGCGGCCCCCUCUCGCCGUCCUGGCGCGGCGUCUCGCUCCACCCGCCGGCCGCCGGCGGCGCCCCCGCGCCGCCGCCGCCGUCCGUCGCGGGGCUCGCGCUCCGGGGGCUCAACCUCUCCGGCCAGCUCCCGGCCGCGCCGCUCGCGCUCCUCCGCCGCCUCCGCGGGCUCGACCUCUCCGCCAACGCGCUCUCCGGUGAGCUGCCCUGCUCGCUGCCCCGCUCGCUCCUCGACCUCGACCUCUCCCGCAACGCGCUCUCCGGGGCCGUCCCCACCUGCUUCCCGGCCUCGCUCCCGGCGCUCCGCAGCCUCAACCUCUCCUCCAAUGCGCUCCGCUUCCCGCUAUCCCCGCGCCUCUCCUUCCCGGCGAGCCUCGCGACGCUCGACCUCUCGCGGAACGCGCUCACCGGCGCCGUCCCGCCGCGGGUUGUGGCCGACCCCGACGCUUCCGGCCUCCUCCUCCUCGACCUCUCCCAUAACCGCUUCUCUGGUGAGAUCCCCGUCGGGAUCACCGCCAUACGGAGCCUUCAGGGAUUGUUUCUUGCGGACAACCAACUCUCCGGGGAGAUUCCAUCUGGGAUUGGGAAUUUGACCUACUUGCAGGCGCUUGAUUUGUCGCAUAAUUGGCUCUCUGGUGUAGUGCCUGCUGGGCUUGCUGGCUGCUUCCAGCUUCUGUACCUGCGGCUUGGGGGGAAUCGUCUUUCAGGAUCACUGCGACCGGAGCUUGAUGCGCUUGACAGUCUGAAGGUGUUAGAUUUGUCAAACAACCGAAUAUCUGGCGAAAUUCCGCUGCCGCUGGCUGGGUGCCGAUCUUUGGAGGUGGUGAACUUUUCAGGAAACAAGAUCACAGGGGAGCUCAGUGGGGCUGUAGCCAAAUGGCAGAGCUUGAGGUUCCUAUCGCUUGCUGGUAACCAGCUCUCUGGCCAGCUACCAGAUUGGAUGUUCUCAUUCCCGACGCUUCAGUGGAUUGACUUAUCUGGUAAUAGGUUUGUGGGUUUCAUCCCGGAUGGUGGUUUCAAUGUCAGUGCCGUCCUUAAUGGUGGAGGCGGUAGUCAGGGGAGUACAACAGAGGCUGUGCUUCCACCUCAUUUGUUUGUGUCAGUGUCUGCGGACAUGACAGACCGGCAAUUGGAGCUGGGGUAUGAUCUUCAGGCAGCUACUGGGAUAGAUCUGUCAAGGAAUGAGCUCCGUGGGGAGAUACCAAAUGGGUUGGUCGCAAUGAAGGGACUGCAGUAUUUGAAUCUCUCUUACAAUUAUUUGGAUGGACAAAUUCCUUCUGGACUUGGGGGGAUGGUGAAGCUACGGACCCUUGACUUCUCACAUAAUGAAUUGUCUGGGGUGGUGCCUCCUGAGAUUGCUGCCUUGGCAGAGCUUGAGGUGCUUAAUCUCUCCUACAAUAGCCUAUCUGGACCUUUGCCGACAACUGAUGGGUUGAGGAAGUUUCCAGGAGCAUUGGCAGGAAACCCUGGGAUAUGCAGUGGGGAAGGGUGCAGUGCAUAUUCAAGGAUGCCAGAAGGGAAAAUGGCAGGAAGCAAUCGCCAUGGCUGGCUUGGUGGCUGGCACGGAGAGAAUGGAUGGGUGUCCUUAGGUGCAUUCUGUAUCAGCACAAUGACUAGCUUCUAUGUAUCAUUGGCAACUUUGCUGUGCUCCCCCAAGGCAAGAAACUUUGUGUUUCGCCCUGCAAGGAUGGAAUAUUAACAUUGAAGGGAGAAUUAGGACAUCAUGAUGUGAUGUAAAUAAGAUUUCAUAAGUUUGAGUAACUCAAGUGUGCAACUAAUCUCGAGGAAAAUCAGUUGGCCUCCAUUGUUAAUUUCAUUGGCCACAGGAACUGUGUGAUCUUGAUCUCAUAGUUAAUUAGCUAUGUCCAAGUGUUUCCCUAUUAAUGUUGUUCUAGGGACAUGUACACCUGCUUCUAAUGUGUUUGCGUUGUCAUGUAGAAUGCACACAUCUGGUGGCCAUCAUACUGUCAUAUUUCAGAUGACUGGACAACUUCUGCUUCAGAUAAUUGUUGUUAUCAAGGAUGCAGUGAUACACACAGUUAGGUGUUCCAAUAGCCGCAAAAGGGAGCAUGUAGUUGUGAACAGUUGAGAUGUAUAUAUCCACUAUUAAUUUUACCUUUGUCGAGUGAAAUUCGAGUUAUAAAUUAUGAAUUUAUGUCCAGUUCAUGAGUUCUCAUGUUUGUAAUCUUGUUCAACAACAUUCAAUGUUAUGCCAAUUUGACUUCAUAUCAUUCAUCUGUG